CACCUUCAUUAACAUACUGUAGUUUGUUACAGCUGACCAAACUGACAACAACAGAAGGGCAAAAGAGGAAAGAUGUUUGUUGGAGAAAUUGUCUACAUUGUUGAAAAACUAAAAACAUUGCUUCAUCAAAAGACAGUGAGAAGAGAGAAAAUCAUUGGGGAGUUGGAAAACAUUGAAGAGAAAUACUCAUUGGAGCUUCCAACUGAUGUGAAGGUUGUUAAUGACUCUGUUCAUGGUCACAUUGAGCUGCACCCCCUGCUGGUGAAGAUCAUAGAUACGCCUCAGUUUCAGAGACUCCGACACAUCAAACAGCUGGGAGCGGGAUACUGGGUCUUUCCUGGGGCUUCACACAACCGCUUUGAACACUCACUUGGUGUGGCACAUUUAGCUGGAUGUCUGGUCAAGAGUCUGCAAGAGAAACAGCCGGAGCUGCAUAUUAACAAUCGAGAUGUUCUUUGUGUCCAAAUUGCUGGUCUGUGCCAUGACUUAGGUCAUGGUCCAUUCUCUCAUUUAUUUGAUAUGAAGUUCAUUCCUGCAGUCCACCCUGGUCUCAAAUGGCAGCAUGAAGAAGCUUCAGUUCAGAUGUUUGAGCACUUGGUGAAAGAGAAUAGACUUCAGCAGGAGAUGGAAGCAUAUGGACUGAAAUUCAAAACUGAUCAAAAAGAAAAUGACCAUUCCUUUAUUGGAGAAUUAAUUGAGGGUGUGGAUACGUCAAAGAAAGAGUGGACAGCAGAGGGCAGGACUGAGGACAAAGCUUUCCUGUAUGAGAUUGUGUCCAAUGAAAGGAACAAAAUUGAUGUGGACAAAUGGGACUAUUUUGCUCGAGACUGUCAUCAUCUUGGCAUUUCAAAGAGCUUUGACCAUCAGCGACUGCUGAAGUUCGCUCGAGUGUGUAGAGUGGAGAUAAAGGGUGAGGCUGAAAAAACGAGGCGAUCCAUCUGCUACAGGGACAAGGAAGCAGAUAAUAUUUUUGACAUGUUUCGCACCAGAUACACUCUGCACCGCCAGGCCUACCAGCACAAGACUGUCAAUAUUAUUGAAACCAUGAUUAAAGAAGCCCUAGUAAAAGCUGAUGGCCAUUUGCAGAUCUCUGAAGCGAUAAAAGAUAUGAAAGAAUACACCAAACUCACAGAUCAUAUUCUUGAGAAAAUAUUGUAUCCUGAGUAUGAUCACAAAAAGAUACUUGAAAAUGCCCAAAGAUAUCUUAACAAUGACAAAACAAAACCAGAUGAAGCCAAAAAAAUACUUGAAACUGCUGCAGAGAAACACAGAAAGGGUGCAGAAAAACUUGCAGAAAAAGCUGCAGAGAAAAUCCAAAAAGAUGUAAAGAAACUUGAAAAAGACAAAAAAACAGAGACAGCACGAGAAAUCCUUCAGGAAGAAGAUCUUCAGCAUGCUAGAGAAAAAGUGAUGAAAAUUCUCAAAAGGGACCUGCCAAAGUUUCUGGGAGAGGCCAGACUGGAGAAAAGAGACACCCAAGAGGUAAAGAGUGACUGGAAAGCAGCAGUGGAGAAAUGGUAUAAGGAAAUAAGACAAGAUCCAAACGCUGAUGAUUUUGUGGUUGAUGUGGUUCAUAUUGAUCACGGCAUGAAGGAUAAAAACCCCAUGGACAGUGUCUAUUUCUACCGCAAGAGGGACCCUGACAAAGCCUUCCUGAAGAAGGAUCAGAUGUUCCUGCCAAAAGAUUUUUAUGAAAAGCUGUUUAGAGUGUACUAUAAAGGCCCAGAAGAAAAGCUCAAGGAAGCUCAGCAGUGCUUUGAAAAGUGGAGCAGAGAAUAUUUUAAACCGAAGAACACAACCCAGUGAGAUCCCACAUCAGGUCAAGGACAGCGAUCUCAUGAGGAGUACUGGUUCAGACACUUCCUCAAUGUGUGGAUGUUUGUUCUUUUUAGAUUAACAAAACAAAUUUUAUCGCCAUGGUCAUAUUAUUAACAUUCAUAGUCUACACUGUAAAACCCAACAAGUUAAGUUAGCUCAAACCAUUUGAGGAAACCGGUUGCCUUAAACCAUUUGUUUAAAAAACAAUAUUUAUGAGUAGCAUGAACAUAUUUGUCCACAAUCAGAGACUGCCUAAAAUCACACCCUAUACAUGUACUAUUCCCUACAUUAGUUUACUAAUAUAAUCCACUUGAGAGAGUGAAUUCAGACACUGAUGAACACCUGCUGUUAACAAUAAGAAUCACUGAAGGAAAGAGAUGAGCAGAAACACAAAGACUGUUUUCCAAUCACAGCCUUAAAGGAUUGAAACAUUAACAUUUUCAAGGGUCAAGAGGUCAACUAAAGCAAACACAGAUCUCCAUCAUGGUAAUGUCAAACAAAACAAACAUCAACAUCUAAACCUCUGUUAAUUCUCAAUAAGAACUUCUGUAGACGUCUGGCAGGAGUUGUUUAAUGUCUUAUCUUCAGUUGAAUUCAUGUAGCAUUUGCUUUUAUCCAAAGUGACUUGCAAAUGAGGAACAUCACGAUUAAAUGAUGACGACUGAUUGACAGCUCUGCUCUAAACCUCUAUUAAUGCUGUGCUCUUAUGAUUGCUACUGAAGUCACACAUGUGUGCAUAUGAGCUUAUUUCUGAAUAAACCUAAUGACAGAUGACAAAACAGAGGACAAAAAGUGGUGCAAUGAAAUAUCAGUGAUGAUCUAAAAUCAUAAAAAAUACCCAAAUCAAUGUAAACAAAGUUGCUAAAAUAAAGUGGAGGAAGACUUUUGAACUAGAGCUGACCUCGGAUAGACUUAAAGUGCUGGUAAUGGGAUGUUUUAGUUCACAAAUAUGGUAGAAUAUUUGGCCAUAAUAGCAGAUUUAUAUUCUAUUUACUUGCUAUUAUUAUUCACACAAUGUGGUGUUGAUGUCAGAUAGACACUAAUUAGUGAUUUACUAUAGAGGAUGGUGAAGGGUUGUGCUAUAACAAUAAAUACAGGUAACUGAUGGAUCAUUUAAUAUUAUAUCACUCCUUUGGUUGUGUGUGUAGAGUAGAGAUCUGGUUAUUAAUCUUGAGAGAGAUUUUGGGGAUUUACACAUUUUUAGGGAUUAAAUUGUUUACAGAGGCUUUCUAGAUCUAUCCUUUGACCUUUAUUCAGUUCAGAUACAUAUUUCUUGUGUUAUUGCUAGGAAAACAAGUUAUUUAUGAAAAAAAAAAAAGGUUUUCAGUUUGUUGUCAUAAACUAAAUAAAUAAAUAACUGUGUUGUGUUUACAGCAAUGGUGGAGCAGUGAUUUAUUAUCUCUUAUCUACUGUAAUAAAUGUGAUCUUUCCUUUA